AAAUGAGUUGAGAUGACUUGAUUUACAUUGUUGAUACUAAGCAUCGACCGAUACAUCACAAGCGUCUGAGCAUGUGCAAAACCCAUCACACUCUUGUACAAGUUGGCCACACCCACAUUUCAAAGUAGACUGAACUAUUUGAUUAGUUGGGAGGAUCAAAACCUAACAUUUCUAGUUGUCUCAACCUUUUGGCAAAAUUUAGUUGACCUGACGCACAAAAAUAAGUUGACGGAACUAAAAGCUAAACAUUUUUUUUUACAGUGCAGGAUGCUGAAUACUUGCACAAAAAAUGGAGACACAGAAAACGGCAUAGCUCGAGCAAGAGACCAUUGCUUGCCAGAUGAGCAACUGGAACACAACUAGGGAGCGUGUGAGCAAGUAUCCAAUAAACGGAAGAAAUGUCAACGCACUAGCACGUGCUGGAAAAACAACUCUGCAUCUUCCUGUUGUAACAGGUGGCUAAAGUAGGCCUAAUGGCCAAAUCUACCACAGGUGUGUCUCCUUGUCACUCCCCUACGCAGCACUCAGAUACAUUUGAGGUUCUGAUGAGACACGCAGAGAAUCACACAACCGCCUUACUCUGGGAGUCGUACGGCAACAUGGCUGUUCAUAUCCAGGGUCCUCUGCGGGAGCUCUUCACUGAUAUUAGUCUCUUCCUGCUUGGGUCUGAGCUCAACAUUGAAGACUCAGUCCAAAGAUUUUUUGACACACUCUUCCCACUGAUAUUUAAUCAUAUCAUCAACCCAGGCCUCGGCGACCUAUCAGAUGAGUGUAUAAGUUCAUUGAGCCGUGAUGUGCGGCCAUUUGGCGGGGCACCCAGUUUACUGGCUGAUCAGAUUGCUCGCUCUGGGGUCUCUGGCAAGGUUCUUCUUCAAGCUUUGUACCUCGGUAUUGAGGUGAUAAAUACGACAGACCACUUGCAACUAACCCGUGAGUGCAGAAAGGCCCUGCUGAAGAUGCAUUACUGCCCCCACUGCCAGGGCUUAACCCAAUCCAAGCCCUGCAUGGGUUACUGUCUCAAUGUGAUGCGGGGCUGCUUGGCAAGCAUGGCUGAGAUCGACCUCCAUUGGAGGGAGUUUAUUCGCUCUCUAGAGGGCUUGUCAGCACGGAUGCACGGACCGCAGGAUUUGGAGGAAGUUCUUUUGGGAGUUCACACACUGCUUCAUGACGCUGUUGGACAUGCUCAAAGGAAUGGACCCCGUAUCUCAGCACAGGUGCGCAGAUUCUGUGGCCCGGCUGUGCAGACUGUCAAUAUCCAGCACAGCAGCAGAGAGCCCACCCAUCUUAAAACUCCUACUACAGUGCCAGGCGACUCACUUGCUGUCAGGAGAAGAGACUUCCUAAACAGUCUUCGCCUCUACCGGACCUACUACGGCGGCCUGGCGGAUCAGCUGUGUGUGAGUGAACUGGCCUCUGAUGAUGGGCUAUCCUGUUGGAAUGGAACCGACAUUGUGAAGAGCUAUACUCUGCGUGUGGUUGGGAAUGGCGUCAAGGCUCAGGCUGCAAAUCCUGAAGUCAAAGUGAAAGGAGAUGAUGCUGUGAUCCAUCAGCUCAUAGACAAACUGAAGCACAUCAAUCAGCUGCUGCAAGGAAAGACCAUUCCUAAACUGGGGACGUUGGACCAGAUUGAAACAGGAAGCGGGGAUGCAGAUGGACGUUACAGCGGUGACUGUGAUGAUGAAGAUGGUUGUGAUGGGUCUGGUGGCGGCGUUAUCAAAAAGAACACCCAGAGAGUAUCCAAAAUGAAUCCAGAUGUGUCCAGUGAUCACAAUCAUCACCAUCAUCCUGCAUCUGCAAAGGAUUCCGAUGUGGCGGUCCUAUCCAGGAGCGUUGGACUGACUGGAUCCAUUGUUGUCAUGAUAAUACCUUGGUUACAUUUGCUCUCUGCGCUGUAACAGCUGCAUUCAACGCCAAGACUUCAUUCCAACUUUAUUUAAAGGAGGACAUAUGAGCGCCAACGUGUUAACGGGGCACCACUUCCACAAGACACACUGGAGUUCCACUCUAAAGACAUUAUCUCAUAUUUGAGAGAAUGUAUUCUCCUGCUUUAAUUGAAGAUUACUUUGAAUCAACAACUUGGCAUUUUAACUCAUAUUUAUGUCAACAGUAACUAUAGUAUAUUUUCUAAAGUGCAUUAAUUUAAUUUUAUGUCAGAUCCAUGCCCUGUAGCAAAAAUAUACCGUUGCUUCAAUGGUGUCUGCACAAAAUAGACGAUAUUAAAUAGUUUGCUGUAACAAAGUAAUAUAAUUUUUUAUGACUGCUAUUGGUUGGGGAAAUAACGCAAGUAAAUUUACACAAAGCUGCUAUAAAAUAGCAAGGUUUUGGACAUCUGAUUGAAAGCUGUAAUAUUUGGCAUUCCACCCAAAGUCAGUUGAACUGCUAUAUUUAAAUUGCAAAAAUGACCUGCAAGGCUUCUGCUGAGAAUAGCUGUAAAGGGAUAAGGUUGGGGACAUGAAGCCAAGGGAGGGACAAUUCACCGUUAUUUCUUCUUUAGAAAUAGAUUACUUUCCGCGGGAGUCUAUUAUCCUCUUGCAGACUCUAUCUCACUCAGGCUCCAUCGGGCUGGAAGGGAGCCGUCAGCUCCUGGGGCCUCAGGUGAAGAAGAAUCCAAUCUCCUCAUCCUGUUACCUGGCUACAUAUACAAUAUGUAGAAUAUGUACAUUGUGAGCUGCUGGCGGUUUGCCUGGAUACAAAAAAGCAACUGCUUUGUUUCACAGAUGACAUGAAAGUCAAUGGCUGAGAGAGAAGUUAUUGUUUAUAGUAUAGCGCCCAUUCUUUUGCUUACACUGGAUGUCCAGGAGGACAUUCUUUGAACCAGGCAUAAAUCAUACAAUAAUACUAUUAUUAUCGGUAUUAUUAUUAUAAUACAUAUACUUAUAAUACUUAACUAUUAUGAUCACAAAAUAAACAAAAUUAUACCCUUUUUUGCACAAUACACAAGCAUCAAGAAGAUGCACUUGCAUUGUGAAAUGUAGCGUUCUACUCUGGUCACUAGAUGUCAGUAAUACGAUAAGAUAAGAUAUAAGAUAUAUAAGAUAUGCCUUUAUUCGUCCCUCAGUGGGGACAUUUGCAUUGCACAGCAGCAGAAUCAUUUAAGAUUCAAACAAAAUACACAAUAUCGAAAAAUAGACAAUAUAAACAAAAUCAAGUUAUAUACAAAUACAGUAUGCAGAUAAUAUGAAACGAGAUGAGAUAUAUGACCAGUCUAUACACUGAGAUCUUGCUAGUGAGUUAAUAUGAGGCAUUAUAGAAAUACUUCACAUAGUACUUAAUAUAUUGUGUCACGAUGUGGGCGUCACCCUCUCGUGACAGCUCCUUUAGUUUCCUUCCUUGCCUCUGUUCUGGUUUUCAUGCCCUUAUUUUGGUAACUACUUCCUUUCUUGUUCCCUUCCGUUUUCUCUCUGACUCAUUUCACACACCUGUCUCUAAUUCCCACACUCCCUAUUUAGUUCAGGUGUGUGCUCUUUCGUUUGUGGCUUCAUUGUCUUUGUGUUUGGUUUGCCUGUAGUUGCUGUCUACAUAGCUUAAAUUCCUUUUACCUGCAUUUUUGGUCCUGCUCUCUGCAUCCUGGGGUCGCAUUGUUAAUGUUAGGCACAAUAAUCCCUCAUAAAAAUCUCUAAUAAAAGUGCAGCCGCUGCCCACACUAAGCUAAUACUCAACGCUGAACACAUAAUGUCACAUCAUGUCCUUCACAUGUCCGUAACGCAUUUAUUGUAACACACAAGCACAAUUUACGUCUUAAAUGGCUUAUUGUCCCUAUUAUAUCUAAUAUAUUGGGUAAUACGAGUAUAAAAGUGACCAUAGGGUUUGUUUUUCAUGGCUAGAGAGCUGUAAUAAUGUUAAAAAACGCAUUUGGAAGUUUCUAAAAAGGUAUUAUGUCCUCUAUGAAAAUAUCCCAUUUAUAAAUAAGAAAUAUUACUUUGCAGAUAUUUACUUAUCACGGUCAGGUCUGUAACCAAUUUGUACAAGUUAGAAAAUAUAUUUUGUUGAGCAUUGGGGAAAGGGUAGGAGUUGAUAAGUUUAUGCUUCUACCUACUUUUUUUUUUUUUUACUUUUUUCUGUUUGGAUUGUGUUGUAUUGUGCCUUGUCAUAUUCUAACAUGUUCAAAAUAAAACCAUUCAUUCACACAACAACCAUAGGGAGGAACCGCAGGCCCUUCUGUUGGGAGAUAGAAAUCCUUCAGUUCCUUUUGUAAACACUUGAUUUUCUCAUAACCAAAAUCUGAUACAUUGAAAUGUUUAGUAUAUAUACGCAUUGAUACAUUGUGUUUUUAACAAGACAGCGGGCACGACUGUGCAUCAGUCACUGACUGUGUUUUUGUUGCUUGCUUGCUGGUGCUAUAAAGUCAGUUGGAAAACUGCCUGUAGUACGGAACGCGGUGCUUUAGAGGAAAAUACAGGGACCCAUAACAUCAACUUUGACAUUCCAGUAGAUGGAUGACAUUAUUACAGUGACUCCACUGUGAUUGAUUGGUGAGCAAUAUUAUCCACACAUUUUAACUGAAGUACAAUUAAUGAUUUUUUGAUGAACAGAUCAUUGACAUUUCAUAUAUGUUUGUCUUGAUAUGUUAACCAAUAUGAAUUUAGUGAUAUUAAAGUCUACAGUCAAAUUUACGUGAUUACUCAUGCUUGUCAUGCAAAAGACAACUUUGUAAAAAUAUUAAUCUUUUAUGAGAAUAUGUGCAAUACAAUUUCUCUUUUGGACUUAUUCACCCUUAGGUAAUUAAGAUAUAAAGACGCAGCAUGGACACAGUAGAGUGUGUUUUCCCACACAGAAACUAGGAAAUGAAGGUGAGAUUAAUGACCGCGAUUUCUGAGCCGCACUCCCGGCCGAAGCUACUCUAGGAGUACAAGAGGCACUUCCUGGCCCUUGUGAAGAAAAUGCUGUAACGUAACCUUAAAUUAAUUCCACUCUUACACCAGCUAACAUUGAGGUAUUGAGUACAUCCAAACAUAGUUACAAACCCAUGUCUACAUUCUGCAGCUCAUGUCCUAAAACUAAACAAGACUAAUCAAACAAACAAACAAAAAAUAUAUAUGGGGUACUCCGAUACAUCAGCCACAAAUCGGUACCGGCCGAUAUCAGUGAAAAAGGACAGUAUCGACAUCAGCCAAUGUUUGAUCCCCUUUGCCCCCAUCAGUUCUGCCCCCCACUGCAGCAUUCAGAACAAGCAUGUCUGGCGUGUGUGGGACUUCCUGUCAUUGUGAGAGAGAUAUUGCGCCUCAAAAAUGUCUCACCGGGGUGGCGCUUUAAAAAAAAAACUUUAGAUUGGUGUGGCAUUUGUGGCCAAACACUUUGCAGGGUGUGGUGAGGUGAGUUUGAGGCUUGCGAUGCAUUGCAAUAGCGUUUUAAAAGUGCUCAUGAUGUCAAAAGACGUGGCAAUUUUGUUACUUUGGCCGUGGUUGUUUUUCGCCAUUGAUAAUUAAACAGAUCGGAGUAAGUCUGUUUACAUUUCCAAAAGACACCAUUCUGUUUGAAUUCCGUUGGACACAUUUCGAGGAUUAAAGUAAAAAAAAAAAUGCACAUUUAAAUAUUUAUUAUUAUUUGUAAGAAGCGGCAUAGUACAACACCUACAGCUUGGGCUGAAAGUGAACCGUGGCAUCUGAGUUCCUUUUAUCGCUUCCUCCCACAUCCCCUUUCCCUUGGCUCUGCAUGACAUAGGCAAUUAUGUAUUAUACUAUUAAGUGCUGAGGGCAAGUCAACGAUUGGAAUGUUGGAAAGUAGCCACAUAGAAACAGCCAUUCACACUCAUUUUAUAGUCUCCAAUUAACAGGCAUAAUUUUGCUAUGUGGGAAGAAACCAGAGCAGCCAGAGAAUUGCAUCAGAAGAGCAUGCAAAGUUCACGUAGACAUGCUCAAACAGAGAUUCAAACCUUUGCUUUCUUGACCGUGUGGCCAACAUUCUAACCUCUAGGCCACCAUCCCUUUGGUUUCCAACUAAAAUCAUCAAGGAAAUUUGGUCCUAGUUUUGAAAUACUGGCUAAAUUCAAAUUUGACACCCGUUACUGCAGACAUAUUGAGUUUUUAUAUUGAGUUGAUUGAUGCAAACAGUUUUAAUGAGAUUGCUUGCAUAUUGUGAAAAGGUAUAGACUUCCCCUUUAACCCUUUAACCUCACGUACGAACAUCAACAUGUUU